AUGCCAAGGAUUGUUAAAUUCAUGAAGGAUAUUUUGGCCAAGAAAAGGAAGUUGGAGGAAUAUGAGAUAGUGGCACUUACUGAGGAGUAUAGUUCAAUCUUGCAGAAGAAACUACCUCCCAAGCUUAAAGAUCCAGCUCGCCCUACAACGGUUUCCUUACAGAUGGCGGAUCGCUCCAUUAAGCAUCCUCGUGGAGUGAUAGAGGAUGUCUUGGUGAAGGUGGGUAAAUUUAUUUUCCUCGAUGAUUUCAUAAUUCUUGACAUGGAGGAAGAUGCAAACAUUCCCAUUAUUUUCAGAAGACCAUUCUUAGCCACAGGACGAGCUUUAAUCGAUGUACAAAAGGGGGAGUUAAGGUUGCGAGUCCAAAAUGAGGAAAUAAGUUUUAAUGUCUUUGCAGCAACUGAAAUUCCUGCCUGUUGUAAAGUUGAUGUGGUGAAUGAUUGUCAAGAAUCAAUUGGUAAAAAGAAGAAGAAGAAGAAAGAACGAUUUUGA